AUGCGCAAACUGCAAAUUGGUCAGAGGAAAAAGCUGGAAUGCAACAACACAUCGGAAUUGCAGAGACAAGUGGGCCAGUUAAAACAACAACUUGAUGACAGCAAAAAAGAAAACCAAAGCCUGAUGGAGAAAAUCAACCGUUAUCGAAUGCAAAAAAUUAAUGGCAUCAAGUACGUGGAUGAACUCAAAUCGCAAAUAUCACAGUUGAAGAAGGAAAAUGACGAACUAAAAAACAAAGAAUUAUUGCUCAACUAG